CCCUCUCUCUGUGUCACAUUCCUCCGUGUUCUCCAUGUGGGUCUGAGAAGUUCAGGUGAAUUCAGACACCUGUUAAGCGCUUUGGUGCUUGAGGGCACCAUCGGCAGCGUUCUGCGGACCCUCGUCGCCGAAGGCCAUUGGUUUUCAGCGGUGUGGGAACACGUGCAGAGCCGUGGAGAGCGACUCUUCCCGUUAAGUUUUCUGUAAGGGCCUGGUCUUGGUGCUGGAGAAGUACCCCAAUACACCCAUGAGCCAUAAAGAAAUUCUGCAGGUUAUCCAAAGAGAGGGGCUGAAGGAGAUAAGAAGUGGCACAUCUCCACUGGCGUGCCUGAAUGCAAUGCUGCACACCAAUUCCAGAGGGGAGCAGGGGAUUUUCUACAAAGUACCUGGCCGCAUGGGAGUCUACACACUGAAGCAGAAGGACGUCUCGGACAGUCCGAAGGAGCUGUCGGAGGAUGGAUCGGAGGAAAGCAGCGACAUCGCCUCCGAUUCCCAGAGCACAGAAAACAGCAACAACACCAACAGCAAAGAGAGUCGGAAGGGCAAGUGGCGUAGGAGAGUGGCCUCGAAGCUGCAGUCCCAGCCGGCCUCGCCCCAGUCGCGCUGCACCUCGCCCUCCGUGCCCCCCAGCAAGCUCAUCUCGCCCUCGCAGAAGCACAGCAAGAAGGCCCUCAAACAGGCCCUGAAACAGCAGCAGCAGCGAAACCAGCGGAGACAGGGUGGGAUCUCCUCCGCCUCCAGCUCCCGGCUCAUCCUCAAAACCGUCAAAGACAUGGCUGACCCCGUGACCGCCAAGUCCGCGUGGGAGAUGAAGCAGUCAACGCAACGCUCCACCAGCCCUCAGAACUCCUCCAGCUCUUCCUCCUCCUCCUCCUCCGUCAAAACGGACCUGUGUCCCUCGGUCAGCACCAGGAAGAUGACCCAGCGGUCGGACCGGCUCAGCGCACGACAGCUGAAGCGGACCAAGUGCGCGGAGAUCGACGUGGAGACGCCCGACUCCAUCCUGGUGAACACCAACCUGCGGGCGCUGAUCAACAAGCACACCCUCUCCGUCCUGCCCACGGAGUGCCAGCAACGCCUCCUCGCCCUCCUCCCGGAGGUGGACCGACAAACCUGUGCAGAUGGCCAGUUGAAGCUGAGCAGCUCAGCCUUAAACAAUGAGUUCUUCACAUCCGCAGCGCAGUCCUGGAAGGAAAGACUUGCAGAAGGUGAGUUCACUCCAGAGAUGCGGCUGAGGAUCCGGCAGGAGUUUGAGAAGGAGAAGAAGAUGGAGCAGUGGAAGGAGCACUUCUUCGAGAGCUAUUACGGCCAAACUUCUGGGCUCAGCAUAGAAGAAUCCAAAGAGAUAACGGAGGCUGCUCCCAGUCCAGAGCCUUCAAAACCCCAAACCCCUCCUCUACCCACCGAGAAAGCUGACACAAAGACUGAACUCGGAGAGGAAGUCAAGGAGGGAGACACUUCAAAGGAUGAAGGAAGCCCCCUCGUCACGCCGAGGUCCCCGCAUGAGGAUCCAGAAGCAGAGGCAGAAACAGCCCCAGACCAGCUGCAGGGCCCUGAACGCCCUCCGUCUGAGGCUGACACGGUCUCACCGAAGCCCAGCGCGAAGGCUGGCCCCGUCCAAUCAGAGGAGGUCGCCUCCGAGGCCCUGCCUUCGGGAGAAGGGCCGGGAGGUGAGGACGGAUCCGCAGCGCAGCUCCCUCCAGGGAAUGAGCCAAAGGUCAGCCCAGGCGCCUGCUGCACGCCGACCGAGUCUCCCAGCAGCAAGACCCCGGAGGCGGACCGCAUGGAGGUGACUCCGGAGCCGCUGAAGAGGAAGUCCCCCGGCGAAGAGGAAGUGGCGCCAAGCCCCGAGAAGAGGCCCCGGGUGUCAGAACCGCCCCCACCUCAGACGCCCCCAAGAGCAUCUCCCGAGAACAACGAUCAGACCGCAGCACCGAAAGUCCCUCCACUCAAGAUCCCAUACUCACGGAUUGUGCCAGUUCCAGCAGCCGGGGGCCAGGUCUCUCCGAGGGCUCCCAUCCCAGCACCCCUCACGAGUCCUGGCCGGACCGGGGCGCGCACCCUGGCCGAUAUCAAGGCCAAAGCCCAUCAGGCCAGGUUGCAGCGGGCGGCAGCUGCGGCAGCAGCCGCUGCAGCCGUGUCCACAUCAGAGGGCACUGUUCCAGGCCCAGGGCCUGGAGGGGGUGGCGGAGAGACUGGGGGUACCGCCAAGGAAGGGAUUCUACCCCUCGGCUCAGAGCCAGAGCCCAGGACGCCUUCCUUUCGUGCCUGUGGUUCUGGAACACAAUUACAGCCUGCCACCCAAUCAGCAGCCUCCAGAGUUGAAUCGCCCACACCCAUCCCGUCAGGCACGGGCACUACUCAAGCCCCUCCCACCUCAGUGACCCCCUCCCGUCCUGCAUUCUCCACAAAUCCAUUGCAGGCAGACCCCACCUCAUCGCAGGCCUCGAGUCUGAGAGCCCCAUCCGUCACUAGUGAAAAACCAGAAAAGCCGUUACCAGAGCAGCCAAGUGCCAGCUCUGCUGUGGGAAAAGCGGGGUCUCAACUCAUUCAAAAGCCAUCAAAUUCCUCUGAGGUCCUGGGAAAGCAGCAUGUUACCCUCGCUUCCCAGGGGGCGAAAGUGACAGCUUCACAAUCAGUCACGCAUCCAUCCCCCACACCAACGCUCAGUCAAAAGAUACCUGAGAAUCCACUAGCCGCAGGGCCUACUGCAAAGGCGAGCUCCUCCAUCACCUCUAACAAUCCCCUCGUCACCAAGCUCCUUCAGGGAAAGGAGGUCCCCCUGGACCAGAUCCUUCCAAAGGCCCACACAAAGGUUCCGCCUGUGAUCGCGCCCUCAGGUGACAAAGGGAAAUUUUCCGCCUCUGUGCCGGGAAGUUCUGUCACGGGUGAUGAGAGCUCACUGGCUGCUGGCUCGGGAGCCAUUGAGAAACAGAGACAGCUCUCUGGCCAGAUCCUGGUGGCCAGGCCCUGUGGCGUGGAGCUGGUUCAGCACCAGCGGGAGAUGCUGAACAAGGCCACCCAGGAGCAGAUCCUGCACACCUUGAUGCAGAGGGCGCACGGCCAGCAGUUCAUCCCCGGCCCUCAGCCUCCCCAGCACGAGAUGUGCCGGCUCGUCCACCCCUCGCACUGUCCCAGCGAGCCCAGGUUCUCCGUCGGCUUCCUGGGCCGCAAGAGGUUGUCCCGGCCCGCUAUGUCGGGGCACUACCUCCUCAACAUCUCCACGUAUGGGAGAGGCUCUGAGAGUGGCAAGAGGGCCCACCUGGCUAUCAGCACUCCUCUGGCGAACCUGAAGACGGAGUACACAGAGGGCGAGGAAGAGGAGGCUGCGCACAGACCUCCCGAUUCCACGGGCCAGGACUCGGAUCUUUCGGGGGUCAAAACGGAGCACCAGGAACCCUCGGAUGGUUCGGACGAAACGCCAGACGUUCACCAGCAGCUGAAGAUAAAGUCGGAGUUUUCGUCGCUCGGACACCAGCCUGACAGGGAGAUCUCAGUCCACGCAGCCUGCGUCAGCAGCGGCAGCAACGCUGACCCAAGAACCAAAGAAAUGGACCCGGUUCCCCAGUCACGCGCGGGGCAUCCCGAGCUGGGCAAUAACGUACAGGGUAACUCCAUAUCAGUGACUCCAGAGCCAUAUCGACAGCAGGUGCACACGAGCGCGGACGGCCCCCACCCCCGCCAGGCCGCCGCCUACCGCGUGCGGAAAGCGUCCUCGGAAAGCCAAGUGCCCUACGGCCACCCGCUGAACCACAGCCCCACAGAGACCGGCACCUCGCCUAGCUACAGCCCUGCUUCCAGCAGCGGGAGUGUCAUGUCCUUCUCCGUGACCGUCACCGCCAUACCCACCACUCACGGCGGCCAUGGGGAGGCGGCGCCCAUCCAGGCCUUCACGGAAGGUUCCGGCAUGGACGACUCCCCCUCCAAAUGCUAUUGCCGGCUGAAGGCCAUGAUCAUGUGUAAGGGGUGCGGGGCCUUCUGUCAUGAUGACUGCAUAGGUCCCUCCAAACUCUGUGUCUCCUGCUUAGUGGUGAGAUAGGCCACUAGCACGUGUGCAUUCAUAGGAAAUGUAACCGUUAAAACACAAGGUGAGGCUGGAGAGCUCAUUGUGAUGAUGUUAAGAAAGAAA